AAGAUGCCAGCUCAUCUCAGCCUGGCAGAGCAGGAACGGGCGUGGAGGAAGACGGCAAGGACAGCAGAGCUGGGUCUCGCUGCGAUCUCGGAGAAGGGACAGAUGAAGAUGUGCGACACUGUGAGGAAGCAGAGAGCUCUGAUAGGUUCUGCGUUCGUCAUGCUUCACACUUCACCCUUCAAUAUCAUUGUUGUGGUGAUCUGGAGUGUGAAGUUCACCAUCGCCACAUACUCUUCAGUCAGUUUUUCUUGGUGUACCUGGAUUGUAGUGCUGCGUGAGCACGGUUGGCUGGCAAAGGAAGAGAGGGCCAAGCAGUUCUAUGAGAAACACCUUGAGGAGCGAAGGAAGAAUUUGGAGGAGCAGCGACAAAGAGAGGAAAGGAGGAGGAUGGGAGUCGAAGAGAAACGCAAACAGAGGCUCAAAGAAGAAAGAGAGCGUUAUGAGUCUGUGGUGCAGAAGACGAUGGAGAAAAGUCAGAAGGCCAAACAGAAACCUGGUCACUGCUCACGAAACGUCACCAAGAACAAAAUCAAUAAUGCUAAACGCCGCUCUCUUAGUCAGUGGGAGAUUGACCUUGUCCGUCGUCUUCAGACUCCUACCGUCUCUUAUCUAGCCAGAAGCAGGAGCGCUGUGUGUCUGUCACGAGACACAGUUGUUCAUAUUUGUCGUCGUUCAGCCUCAUGUCAUACCAUGAACUCCAGCACCACGCGAAAGCCCCAGGUGCAUUGUGGGAAAGUGCCAAACAGGCUUGCAAGCACAAGUCCAAAUGUCACCAUCCGCAGAACCACCAACAGAGAGCUGGUGGCAAAAGGCGAUUUUGAGGGACAGGACUUUAAAAAGCCACAACUACAAGCAACAACAAAUGAAAUCAAGCCCAAACAGGACACAAACCUACCAGAGAAUACGGUCCUCCCAACAUCAUG